UGGGACUUACAGUCUUCAGAUGCAGAGAAUUCUGUUUUUGAGUCACUUAUCACCUACAUUGUCACUGUCACAGGGAAUCUGCUCAUUGUGGUUACUAGCAUCUGCAGCCCAACUUUGGACACUCCCAUGUAUUUCUUCCCGACUUUCUUGUCAUUGAUAGCUGCUUGCUUUUUCUCUUCCAUAAUCCCUAAAAUGUUAGCUGAUUUGUUCUCUGAUUCAAAAGCUGUCUCCUUCAGUGGCUGCAUGACACAGCUCUGUACUGAACAUUUCUUGGGAGCUUCAGAGAUUGUCCUCCUUGUGGUCAUGACCUAUGACUGCUACAUGGCCAACUGUAGACCUCUGCACCAUGUGACCAUCAUGAAUCACUGCAUAUGCNNGCUCCUGGUGGUCGUGACCUGGAUUGGGGGCAUCGUGCAUGCUACUCUGCAGAUUCUUUUCACGGUCGACUUGACCUUCUGUGGUCCCAAUGUCAUUGACCACUUCAUGUGUGAUUUCUUCUCACUUUUGACACUUUCCUGCAGCGACACCUACAGACUUGGAGUGGUGGUAGCAGUGAACAGUGGGGGCAUAUGCUUACUCAUUUUAUUCAUGCUACUCAUCUCCUACAUAGUCAUCCUGUGCUCCCUGAAAUCCCGUGGCUCUGAAGGACGGCACAAAGCCCUCUCUACAUGUGGCUCCCACUUUACAGUAGUGGUGCUCUAUUUUGUGCCUUGUAUUUUCAUCUACACGCGUCCUGUGGCCACGUAUCCUGCAGACAAGUUGGUGAGUGUGUUCUACUCAGUCCUCACUCCCAUGUUGAAUCCUAUCAUUUACACAGUGAGAAACACAGAGGUGAAAAACGCCAUGAGGAAUUUGUUGAGGAGGAGAGUAACUUAG